UUUUGCUCGACGAAAAUCAUGUGUUCUACCAAACUUACUGACAGAGACUGGCUUGCAGAACGUUAUCUCUCUAGACAGUUCAAAAAUACAUCUCUGCGCCACGAAAAAUCAUCCAUGCACGGAUGAUGCUAGCGACUGUAGGGAUCACAUUUAGAGUUGUUGUAAUAACGCCACUCGGCUUAGGAAAGUCGUGGUGCUUGAGGAAUAAGGAGACAUCAAAAAGGUCGGUUCACAAGCUCGCUAAACAUCAUCCACGUUCGAAAGCUGGAGAUAAUGCUGUUUCCCAUCCUCGUCUCUCCACGCACAGCUGGCCCUUUUCGCGUGCACAAAUAUCUUCUCAUCGGAGUCUGCAGCCCAGACCAUCGCCACUCGCAUCCUCUUAGAUGCAUUCAAUCUAUCUGCCGGAGCUUUUCCAGGGAAAGACGACUCGCGCUAAAGGGAUCUCAAUAAUAAAACUUUCUCGAAUGUCAGGUUACCCACUUAUUUAUUACUUAGGUGCUGGUUCCUCCAUCCGGUCUGGGACUAAAUUCGGCGGCGACAGUCAUAAACCUAAGUAUACAUGAUACAUCG